AUGCGGGAGGGACGGCGGCGGUGUCAAAGCAAUAUUGACGUACGCUGAGAGGGCUCACAAACAGACAAACAGACAGACAGACAGACAGACAGGCAGGCGCCGACAGGGUGCACAAAUGGCAUUGUGUAUAUGUCGUGUUUGACGAGGAGGAUGACGAUGACGAGGAAGAUGACGAGGAAGAUGGCGAAGAAGAAGGCGGGGACGACGAGGAGGAGGCCGAGGAGCCUGAGACCUUCCAGGUCGCUUCACUCGUCUACGCCUGUGUCGCCAGGGAGCUGCUGCAGACUUCACAGAAGCUGCUCUUCUGCCUGGUGGGGGAAAUGGUCCGCUGGACGGCAACCCGGCAAGUGCUGAGGCGCGUCCUGCAGACGGCGAUGGCGUCACUGGUGCAGCAGUCCGUCACCAUGGCCCGGCAGGGAGGCAGCGGCAUCGCAGUUGACGAGACACGGGGUGAUGGAGACACGGGAGGAGGAGCGAGACAACGGCGUUGA